AUGGCUAGCUUUAGAAGCGAAGAGAUGGGAUUGUAUCAAUUCUUUUUCCAGUCCGAGGCCUUGUACGAAACAUUAUCCCACCUGGGUGAAGUAGGAUUGAUUCAAUUUAUCGAUAUGAACCACAAGGUCAACUUGUACAAGCGUAAAUAUACGGGCGAAGUGAGGAGGUGCGAAAAGGUGGAAAGAAUUUUGAAAAUGUUACGCAGCGAGUGUUCGAAAGAAGGAAAUAUUUUUGCGACCAAUGACGAGGCCCUGUCAGGAGAUUCGAAACAAUAUAUGGAUAAAAAGCCCUUCACCUAUAGAGAGUUGACAGAAUUGGAAAAACAAAACGUUCAGUCAGGUGGAGACAUACGAAACGAGGAUAGAAGUAAUUCUCCCAUGGAUGCAAGCAAUUUACAAUCAAACAUACCCUUGAUGGCAGAUCUAAUUAUUGGCACAACAGAUACCCUUUACCCCUCGUUAUCCACUAAACCAAUAUUUAGACAGAGGCUAGCCCAUUUAUCCAGAGAAUUGUUGGUAGAUAGUAAAAAAAACGCGACUUUUACUUAA